AUGCCUCCGCCUCCCCCUAAGCUGUGUGGGCUCCUGGGUCAAGCCGCUAGAAAUAUGGUGAUGCAAGAAGAUGCCAUCCUGCACUCGGAAGAUAGUUUAAGGAAAAUGGCCAUAAUAACCACUCAUCUACAGUACCAGCAGGAAGCAAUUCAGAAGAACGUUGAGCAGUCGUCAAACCUACAGGACCAGCUGAGUCACUUGCUGAAAUGAAGCGUAGCUGAAGGCGCAAGGACAUUUCGACUGUCCCUGAGGGCAACCAAGCAUCCUUUCCCCUCCAGACCUCGGGGUUCAGACCUAUGUCUGGACGGUGCUGGAUGCCAGCUGGAACAUGUGCGGAGUUUGUGUUUCUGGGCACAUGGGCCCCUCUCACGUGCCCCCAUCCACAUCUCUGCUCCAGAACGCUCGCCUGCUCGUCUGCACCCAACUGAAACAAACUUACCUGAAACUUUAUUCCCUCCAACAAUUCCUGUGUCCACUUACUUCUCGUGUAGCGUGAGGUGCUCAGCCCACACCAGCAUUGCAGGUACCCGUGACAUUUGGCUGAUGAUCACUGGCCAUGCGCUUGAGAUGGUUUGCCAGCCCGGCAUGUGAUACUCCUGGCCAAAGUCACGUCUUUCGUGGCCAGAGGAUGACUUCCCUUCCCAUCUCUAACCUCUGCUCAGUUAGGUGCUGUCUCCUGUGAAAUGAUGGAAGAGUGCUGGUCGUGCCUGCCUGGGACCAGCAGUCAUAGAGCCAGGGGUUUCAUACAAAGUUGUGUAUGCUCCCCAACCCCACGAGAAAUGCAUAAAACAGAGCUGUGGGUUUUAAAUACAGGUGUCUGCAGUUUGACACUGGUCUGUGUUUAGACACAGGGAUGGCACAGAGUGCAAUUUAUUUAGGGCAAGUUAAUCAGUGGGAGCUGUAAGUGCCUGGGUGGGUGAGAGGUGCUGCAGUGUGGACUGAGGUGCCAGUCCCAGGCCAGAAUUUCUGAAAGCAGGAAUCUGGGCGCUCACUUCUGUCACUGGUCCAGCUGGACACGGUUUGGCCAGCAUCAUGCUCGGAGGUUAUCUUAUUUUCCACUCUGCCAGAGUUUGGAAUGUCAUCCCCUUGCCAGCCCAUCUGCGCUGCCUUCGGCCUUCGACUGCAUUCCUCUUCCUGGGCUACUGCUCCAGCUCUUGAUGAAGCAGCCUUGGCUGUGGUAUGUGUUUGUAUCUGAUUGGGAAGGUAUCCAAAGGCCCGGCUGGGAAGCAGGCAGGAGACCAUCAUGAGCUGGUGUGCUCAGUUCUGCUCCGCUCUGUGUUGGGAGGGCUAGCGACCGGGCUCCUGUGCACUUCCCAGAGCGUGAGACUGGGCCCAGGCUAUAAAUAUUGUCUUGUUUUUGGUAAGUCACUUAUCUGCAGCACUUGGAGUGCAUGGGAAGCACUUGUUUGCCCGAGUGUGCUUUUCAUCAGCUGAUAGGACAAGGCAGGCUGAGAGCGGGCAUCGGCCUGCCACCUUCCUAUUGGAGUUGUGCAGCAAAGUGCUGCAGGAGUUUGGCAGAGCCUUCUCCUGGGCUGGAUUUCACCAUCCUCCAGUGCCACUGCCUGUCUGGGCUUCACCUGGUGGCAACCCCAGGGUCUCCUGCAUCCCAGUGAAGGUGCCAUCGUUGACCCAGGGGCCACGGAGGGAUGUCUGUGCCUUGGGGGGGUUCCGAUCCCUGGCCUGGUAGCUGUACUUGGAGAACGAGGGGUUUUCCUGAGCUGCUGGAGAAGAUGCAACUCGCUUGCUGGGAAUAAAAGCUGCCCUGACCACCACCAAACUGCCGCAGAGUCUGUGCUGGGGGGCGCCUCUUUGGGACGGUGGGUCUCUGCCCCCUGCUGUCCCCCAUCAUGCUUCAGCUCUGGGGACUUCUUCGCAGCUGCAGCGUGUCCUUGCUGCAGGUGGCUCGUCGCUGCCUCCAAGGUCCUGCCCUCUGCAGGGCCCAGACCAGCCCUGGGGCGUUG